ACAUGAAUUUUUCCCCUCAUAACAAACAAAUUCUCAAUUAUUUAUAGCUAUGGCCCUUGCCAGAAUUCGGAGUCGUUUGACAUCGUCACCGGCGCAACCGCCUUCUCCCAUGCCCAAUUCCCGGGCGCAACCACCUUUCAACAGUUACGUAGACAAACUAAAAAACAUACCAGAAUUUGAUCUCCCUGAUGACAUGAACCGACCGCCCAUUGCUGAUGUCGAAUACAAGUUGAUCAAAUCUAAGGAUAAGCAUUCGAUCCAUCAAAUGUUGGAUUCUGCUGUUAAGUUUGGUAUUUUUAAGGUUAGUGGACAUGGGAUAUCGCCCGAGGAGCUACAGAUGGCGUUUACAGAAGCUGAGUUUUGUUUUGGAUUGUUGGCUGAUAGGUGGAGCCGCGAUGGUGACCGCGAGGAAUUUGCGUGGUCGAGAUCUGCCAUGGCUAUCGCAGAACGGCGUAGAGAUGUUAAGAAUGAGGCACAAUUUCAGCAGUUCAGGAAUAAAAUGGAUAAUAUUGCGAAUAAGCUCGAAGGAAUUGCAAAAGAUGUUGCUCAAAUAAUGGGUAACAAUAGUGGUAAGCAACCUCGAAAGAAAAUCAAGGAAAACGAAACAAGAAUGACGUUGUUCAAGCAUAACAACUCGUCUCUUCAACCACAUACUCCACGUUCCUCUCAAACACCACGUGCAUUGGAUGGCGGAUCUAGACGAGAUUCAGCAGCAUUUGCUCUUGGCCUUCAUAUCCCAACCGAGUUUGGAGAGUUUCGCCUCUUGUCUGAGGAAGGACCUUUCUCUUUCCGCACCAACCCUAACACCAUUGUGUUCACCAUGGGAGAACAAGCUGAGGAAUGGAGCUAUGGAGAGUUCAGAUCUGCAAUGGGGGAGAUAAACAUAGAACCAGAUAUCCAAGACGAUAAAGGGGCAUACUCCAUUGAACUCAAGUGCUCACCUACAGUUCUAAACGAAGCAGUCGACAAAAAUGAAAGUAUCACCCUAACUGAUCAGAUCAUCUUUGUAGUCAUAGUUGCCAUAGUUUACAAGUUGUUUACAUAUUUACUUUCUUGAGUUCCAUGACCAAACAUGUUUAUUUAUUUGUUACAGUUUUUUCUGUGGGCUAACAGUUCUGAUUACAGAUUGGU